AUGGCUAGUCAAACAAGCUCUUCCACUACUGCAACAGGCGAAACUCCAGUGGCGGAUGAUUCCAAUAAGGAGAGCAAGGGCGAACUCUUCGCCGACAUCUGCGCCGCCCUCGGACUGAGCUUCAGGGAGUCCAUCUUUACCGUCGGCGGCAUGGUCAACAACACAUCUACAGAAGCCGCCUUGUCCACCGCGGCAGGGUCUAUAGUCAACAAACCGAUCGUGGUCCGUUGGGACUCUGGUGAGAAGGCAGGCGGCCGCGUGGUGUCCUUCCACGUGCAAGAAGCCGAGGAGUCUCGGAUAGCGUUUGCCCAGCUCCUCAGACACUGCCAGCCCGCCACCUUUGGCCUCAACAAGAAGGAGGGGCAGUUCUCCACCAACUUCAGCCCGUACGAGCACGGCAUCAUCGACACCGUCCUCCAGUCCCUGGUCCACAUCGACAAAGCGUCAAACAUCAAGCGCGGCGUCCGGGCCGAGCUAUAG